UACCGGGUAAAAUGGAGGUUGUAGUCGUGAACGCAAAGUCAGGCCAGGAGUUGGCGCGUCUGGGAGAUUUGUCGCCCAGUGCGACCAUACUCGAUGUGAAGAAAGCCUUUCACAAGCAUGGCAAGAAGACGGCUCCAUCGAGGCAGUCUUUCAAGCUCGAAGCAAAAGGAAAGAUGCUGAAGGAUGAGGAAACCUUGAAGGCGCUGAACCUGCCCCCUGGUGGCAAGCUGUACUUUAAGGAUCUCGGUCCCCAGGUCGGCUGGAAGACG